GCAGCGGCAGCAUGGAGCCGGCGGUGGAGGGCGACGCUGAGAUGAUGGGGGCACCCGACCCGGAGCUGGCGGCCACCAUGGGCUUCUCCGGCUUCGGGAAGAAAGCUCGGACUUUCGACCUCGAAGCCAUGUUCGAGCAGACGAGAAGGACUGCCGUGGAGAGGAGCAGGAAGGUCCUGGAGGCUCGUGAAAGAGAGAAGGAAGAGCAAGCUGAAAAAGAGUUUAGAAGCCGAGGCACCGGUCCAUCAGCUUCAGCAUCCAGUGCAACAGGAGCUGGGUCCUCAUUAACCCAAAGAGAGAAAACCUGUAGUGAAAGUGAAGAUAGCUCAGAUGAAGAGCUAACUGGUCCUUCCGUGAAACCCCAGACUUCCGCUCAAGGUCCAGCUGAGGAUAGUGGUGAUGAUGAUGAAGAUGAUGAAUUCAUUGGGCCACCACUUCCACCUGGGUUCAAGGAUAGUGAUGACGAUAAUGACAAUGAUGACACAGAGGAGGAAGAUAAUAAUCCUAUCAAGAAAAUUCCAGAUUCUCAUGAAAUUACUCUCCAACAUGGGACAAAAACAGUUUCUGCUUUGGGGUUGGAUCCUUCAGGUGCCCGUUUGAUAACUGGCGGAUAUGACUACGAUGUUAAAUUUUGGGAUUUUGCUGGAAUGGAUGCCUCUCUCCAAGCUUUUCGGUCACUCCAGCCUUGUGAAUGUCACCAAAUCAAAUCUUUACAGUAUAGCAGUACAGGAGAUGUCAUCCUCGUUGUCUCUGGUAACUCCCAGGCAAAAGUUCUUGACAGAGAUGGCUUCCCAGUAAUGGAAUGCAUAAAAGGAGACCAAUACAUUGUGGAUAUGACAAACACAAAGGGUCACACAGCAAUGCUGAAUUCAGGCUGUUGGCAUCCAAAAAUAAAAGAAGAAUUUCUGACAUGUUCUAAUGAUGGAACUGUCAGGACAUGGGAUGUUAACAAUGAAAAAAAGCACAAAAGCGUAUUUAAACCACGAUCAGUUCAAGGUAAACGGGUGAUUCCUACAACUUGCACGUACAGCAGAGACGGUAAACUUAUUGCGGCUGGCUGUCAAGAUGGGUCCAUCCAGAUCUGGGAUAGGAAUAUGAGUGUACACACAAAGUUCCAUUGCAGGCAAGCCCAUGCUCCAGGCACCGACACGUCAUGCUUGACAUUUUCCUAUGAUGGCACUGUCCUUGCCAGCCGUGGAGGAGAUGAUACUUUAAAACUAUGGGAUAUCAGACAAUUUAAAAAGCCUCUUAAUUCAGCGGAAAGACUGCCCAGCUUCUUUCCAAUGACAGAUUGUUGUUUCAGCCCAGAUGAUAAAAUACUUGUCACAGGCACCUCUGUUAAGAAAGGUGGUGGCAGUGGGAAGCUUUUUUUCUUUUAUCGGGAGACAUUCCAGAAGCUGUAUGAGAUAGAAGUUACAGAUGCGAGCGUUGUGCGUUGCCUUUGGCAUCCCAAGCUGAACCAGAUCAUGGUUGGUACAGGAAAUGGUUUGGCCAAAGUGUACUACGAUCCUGUCAAAAGCCAGAGGGGAGCAAAGUUAUGCGUGGUCAAAACAAAACGAAAAGAGAGACAAGCAGAAACUCUUACACAGGAUUACAUUAUAACACCCCAUGCACUUCCGAUGUUCCGUGAACCACGACAGCGAAGCACCAGGAAACAGCUGGAGAAGGACAGGCUGGACCCCAUGAAGUCUCACAAACCCGAACCUCCAGUAGCAGGACCAGGUCGUGGUGGGCGUGUUGGAACUCAUGGAGGUACCUUGUCAUCGUAUAUUGUCAAGAAUAUUGCACUGGAUAAGACAGAUGAUAGCAACCCUCGAGAGGCUAUUUUACGUCAUGCAAAGGAAGCGGAGGAGAAUCCAUACUGGGUUGCCCCGGCAUAUGCUAAAACUCAGCCAAAAACAGUUUUUGCAGAAGUGGAACCAGAAGAUGAUGAAACAGACAAGCCAGAGUGGAAAAAACGUAAAAUCUGAAAAAUGUGAUUUGAAGAAGAAUUUUAGAGCAUUUGAAUCAAAGUACAACAUUUAUUUCUUCAGUUUGGAUAGUGCAUCAAAAUUUGAAAGCAAAAAUUACUUCAGUUCAUAAACUUGCUGCAGUGUAAAAAGGGGAUUGUUGUCUUAUAUUGGAUUGUAAUCCACAUCUGAAUUUUGCAGUGCAAAGAACUCCUCUCUAGGUCAGUUAUUUAGUUUUGUGAUUUAAAUGAAAAAAAUUCUUUAUAAAUAGAACUCUAGUGAAUUCAUUAUAUUGCCAAAGUUUUUUAAUUACUGCCAACUUUACAAAUGCUGUGCUGUGACAGUGUUCAAUGAUUCUAAGUACAUAAAUAAAAUAAUACAUUUUCUCAGACUCCUUUUUGUUUUUUCUAGUUAAGAUCUAACAAAUUACCUCCUUCGUUACAACUAUAACAAAGUUUACACUUUAAUUAAUGUAGAAUAAUACAGUUUAGUUCAUUUGUGUGUUCACACAAGUUCCAAUUUAGUUCAAACUUCUGUGUGAAUUGUAGAAAACAUAUUUCCUAGUGCCUAUCUUGAAUGUUGUUCCUUUUAAGUAAGUGUGGUACCUUCAUAUGUAUACUAAACAGUAUACUACUAAAAUACCUGUAGUAUUUUAUACAGCCUUUAUUUUUCAACGAUGUGAAACUGGAAUCGGCAAUUAUAUAUUUUGGUUUAAUAAAAGUAACAUGCUUAUUGCCAAGUUGAUGUAGAAUUCUGUUCAGGCUUCCUAUCCCUAUUAGUUAGUAUUGAUAAGUGUUAGGAUAGAGCAGAACUGUGUAUUUAUUACUAGGUCUUUUUACCUAUUGACUUUGUUCUGUGCCUGAAUUACAUAUAUUCUGCCUCACACUAUCUGAAGACUGAUACUAUCCUUCAUAAAGUGGUUUCUUAAAUACUGAAAGUUUUCAUUGUUUAACACCAAAUUGCAAUUCCGAAUGUCGUAAAGUGAAGGCCAGAUUUAAAACCACUAUCCUUUAAGGGAGAAGGAAGGAACCUAGGUUAGUUUUAGGCAUUUAUAUUGUGAUUACAAUAGUACACACUAUGCUAAGUAUUGUGAUUGUAAUAAUAUACAAUAUAGCAAGCACUCUGCAUUUCCAGUAAGAGUAGAAAUUAAUAGACAUUGUAUACAAUCAAGCUUUCUUAAUUAUGCAUAGAUUCUGAAGGCAUAUUUUAACGCUAUAUUUAGCAAAGCACUUAAUCACCUUCCUAACAUCAAGUGUGUGUUCUUGAUAGUCAGCAGAGCUUAGAUUUUUUUUUUUUUUGUCAAGCAUUGUUCUGCAUCACUAUUUCAUUGCAUGAUUUCCUUUUCCAAGCUUAUCUUUCUUUUUCAGUUAUCAUUUUUAUACUUUAAGGAAAAGUAUGCCUGACUUCAAAAGUUGUAAUGAGCAUUGGCAUUACAUUCCUGCAACAAAAUAUGUCUGCUGCUUUCACUCAGUGUAGUCUUUUGAUGAGUAGAACCUUACUAAAUAAUUAACAACUUGUCUUUGUCCUUUGUAAAAAUAUUUUAGUACCUGCUUAUGUAGAAUAGCAAAUCAAUGCUUAAUUUAAAAUUGCAGCUUUAAUUUGUAGAAUGAAGGACUUAAUACCUAGGUAGACAGUAAAUGGAGGAGAAAAAGGAAUACCAGAUGAAGAGCAAUGAUUGUUAAGAAGACCUGCUAAAGACCUCCCUAUGCAAUGUCCCCCUCAGCAAGUAAACAUUAAACGGCAUUGUUUCAUUUAA